CUGAUGUAUGAUGUAUGGACAGAAAGAGCCUCGCUGUUGAUGCCUCCAAUCACAGCUGAUCUCAUUGAUGAUCAGUGUAGCCCCAGCAGUGUCACCUGUCAGUGUCCAUCAGUGCCACCUGCCAGUGCCCAUCAGUGCCACAUAUCAGUGCCUACCAGUGCACAUCAAUGCCACAUAUCAGUGCUCACCUGAGCUGCCUUUCAGUGUCACCUAUCAGCGCCAGUCAGUGCCACCUAUUAAUGCCUAUCAGUGCCACCUAUCAGUGCUGCCAAUCAAUGCCGCCAAUCAGUGCCAGUCAGUGCCGCCUAUCAGUGCCAGUGAGUGCCGACUAUCAGUG